AUGACGUUGGAAAACGCGCUCGCGAGCGUGGACAGCGACGUCGUGGGUGACGCGGAUGGUGGAGUUGUGGUGAAGAAGGAGACGACGCCGAAGGCGUUCGUCAACGCGAAAACCAUCGACGAGUCGGAUUUCGAGGACGUGGUGGUUUCUGAACCGCCGUUGAACAUUGAACGAUUGAAAUCAGUAGGAACGAUCGCUCGAUCGUUCGAGAUUUGGAGCUUUGUCGUGGCGUUCGUGUUCAGACGGGUUUUCAUAGGGGUGAAGUGGUCGUACAAGGGCGGAUACACCGAGGAGAAGCGCAUCGCGAGGCUCGAGCGUUUGGCGAGCUGGUUGCGCAAGGGGCUGCUUCGACUUGGACCGACGUUCAUCAAGGUUGGUCAGCAGUUCUCUACUCGUGUUGAUGUGUUGAGCCCGCAAUUCAUUCGAGAGCUCGAAAAGUUGCAAGAUCGCGUCCCGCCGUUUCCGACCAAGCUCGCCAAGGAAAUCCUCGACGAAGAGCUCGGUGGUCCGGUUGAAUCGUUCUUCGACAAUUUCGAAGACACUCCGCUCGCGGCGGCGUCCUUGGGUCAGGUCCACCGCGCGCAAAUGAAGGCGACGGGCGAGCAAGUCAUCAUCAAGGUGCAACGCCCGGGCUUGAAGGAGAUUUUCGACAUUGACCUUAAAAACUUGCGCGUCAUCGCCAAGUGGUUGCAAAAGGUCGAUCCGAAGAACGACGGCGCCAAGCGCGAUUGGGUGGCGAUUUUCGAUGAAACGGCGCGCGUGCUGUACGAUGAAGUCGACUACACCAACGAGGCGAAGAACGCGGAAGAGUUCAAGAAGCAGUUCACCGGCGACGACUGGAUAAAGGUUCCUCGCAUUUACUGGGAAUUCACCAAGCGUCGUACGUUGUGCAUGGAGUACGCGCCGGCGACGAAGAUCAACGAUGUGGAGGCCAUUAAGGCGAUGGGAAUCGAUCCCGAUCGCAUGGCUCGCCUCGCCGUCGAGGCUUACUUGCAGCAAGUGUUGCGAUUUGGUUUCUUCCACGCGGAUCCGCACCCUGGUAACGUCGCCGUCGACAAGGGUGAUCCGGAAGGCAAGGGGCGAUUAGUUGUGUAUGAUUACGGUAUGAUGGGUCGCAUUCCCAGCCAAACUCGUGAUGGAUUGUUAGAUUUGUUCUAUGCGACGUACGAAGGUCAAAGCGACAGCGCCGUGAAGGCGUUGAUGAAGAUGGGCGUGCUCGUGGACACGGGCGCCGAUCUCACCGCGGUGAAGCGUACGGCGGAUUUCUUUUUGACGCAAUUCGAUGCUCGCAUCAACGCGCAAAAGAAGGCUCGCGAAACGAACAAGGAAGAGUUUGAGGCUGAGUUCAAGGCGCCGCGCACCAAGGAGGAGAAACAGCAAGUUCGCAAGCGCAUUUUGUCCAACAUCGGCGAAGAUUUGCUCGUCGUGAGCAAGGAUCAACCGUUCCGAUUCCCGGCUGAAUUUACAUUUGUGGUGCGAGCCUUCUCCGUGUUAGACGGAAUCGGUAAGACGCUCAACAAGAAGUUUGACAUUUCCGAAAUCGCGGCGCCGUACGCGCGCAACUUGCUCAUUGAAGCGAACCCGAACUCGUUGCCGCCGCAAGUCGUGACGGCUCAGCGCGACUGGUUGCGUCGCGCCGAUGCUCAAACGAAGGCCAUCGUCAACUUGUUCAAGGGUCCGGAUGCCAUUUAUGACAUUGCGGACACCAUGCGUCGCAUCGAAACGGGCAAGUUGAAGAUUCGCGUCCGCGCUCUCGAAGCCGAACGCGCGCUUGAUCGCAUGGCCAUCAUGCAAGGCGUUACGAUUCAAGCUCUUCUCGCGGCCUGCGCGACGAACAUUGGUGUUGUGUUGUACGUGAGUAGCUUGACAUUGUACGCGCAAUGCGCGUUUGGCGCCGCCGGUUUGCUCGCGUUCAAGGCGCUCACGGGCCAACUCAAGGUUGCCAAGCUCUUGAAGAAGGAGAACUCCAUCCUCGGAGCUUAG